AUGGCGGAGUUCGUCCGUGCCCAAAUUUUUGGCACAACCUUUGAGAUCACCAGCAGAUACACCGAUCUCCAACCUGUCGGAAUGGGUGCAUUUGGCCUGGUCUGUUCUGCGAGGGAUCAAUUGACUGGUCAACCGGUCGCUGUAAAGAAGAUAAUGAAGCCGUUCAGUACUCCGGUACUGUCAAAACGCACAUACCGAGAACUCAAGCUUUUGAAACAUCUACGGCAUGAGAAUGUCAUUAGCCUCAGCGACAUCUUCAUCUCACCAUUGGAAGACAUUUACUUCGUCACCGAGCUCCUAGGCACUGACUUGCACCGACUCCUUACCUCGCGUCCUCUUGAAAAACAAUUCAUUCAGUAUUUCCUCUAUCAGAUUUUACGCGGCUUGAAAUAUGUCCACUCCGCUGGCGUUGUCCACCGUGAUCUCAAACCCAGCAACAUUCUGAUCAACGAAAAUUGCGAUUUGAAAAUCUGUGACUUUGGUCUAGCUCGAAUCCAAGAUCCUCAGAUGACGGGAUACGUGUCAACGAGAUACUACCGUGCCCCCGAAAUCAUGCUCACAUGGCAGAAAUAUGAUGUCGAGGUGGAUAUCUGGAGUGCCGGCUGUAUCUUUGCCGAAAUGCUGGAUGGAAAGCCUCUUUUCCCUGGAAAAGACCAUGUCCACCAGUUUUCGAUCAUCACCGAGCUUCUAGGCACUCCUCCUGACGAUGUCAUUGAAACCAUUUGCAGUGAAAAUACCCUCCGAUUUGUACAGUCUCUACCAAAGCGCGAACGCCAACCACUUGCUGCUAAGUUCAAGAAUGCUGAUCCAGCAGCUAUCGACUUACUCGAGCGGAUGCUCGUCUUUGACCCAAAGAAGCGAAUUCGUGCCGGAGAUGCGCUUGCCCAUGAAUAUCUUGCUCCAUACCAUGACCCCACCGACGAACCAGUUGCCGAUGAGAAGUUCGACUGGUCGUUUAAUGACGCUGAUUUGCCCGUGGACACUUGGAAGAUCAUGAUGUACUCGGAGAUAUUGGACUAUCAUAACAUUGACCAAUCCGCCGAUCCCGCCCAAGUUCCUUUACAGUAA